AUGUCGUCGUCCGAUCUUCUGACAUCAGAGCCUCGCAAUGGUCCUCCCCUCCCAUUCGAGAUUUGGGGCGCUAUCUUCGAAUGUGUGUUCCUGGCCGCUCAAAUUUCUGACGAGAAUUGGGCAUCGGGUCAGCUCAUUCGCAUGGACACGGUCUCCCGGAGCUCCUUAUUCAGGAUUAGCAUGACUGCACACUAUCCUCUGCGCAUCGUUUGCAGUGCUUGGAACGCCGUAGUCCUCUCGACCGCCCCGCUGUGGACAACGAUUACUGUUUAUAGAGAAGAUGAACGGGCGCCUGAAAUUGCGCAAAUGGCUGUGCUUCGACAUCUGGAGUUGUCCAACGGCCAUCCGCUUCGGGUCACCCUUUGGGGCCGAUAUGACUGGCGAGCCUCCGCCAGGAAUGAUCAAUUCACGGCGCUGAUCGACACCCUUUUCAGCCAGUCGGCGCGGUUUAUCUCGCUAGAGCUCAUCAGGACGGGGAUUAACAUACUAAUAACACUUCCCUCCAACCUUUGCUCUCUGCAGUCUUUCGUCUGUUUGCAGGCCUCCCGUCGAUUCCGUGAUGAGAGCAAUUUCUUGGCCGCGCUGAAGGCCGCGCCGUUGCGCCGCUUGCGCAUCACGGUUUCAGAGCCUGUGGAGCCCGAUAUGCAGGCGAUUCUGGACAACGUCGAUUGGCGGAAGCUGGACUCCCUCGCAUGUAGCAGCAGGCAAACACUUUUGCAUUACUUGGCAAACCCUGCUAGUGGGCCGCCUGGGGUCGCUGGGGGAGUUAAAUGCGUUGAGCUCUUUACACUUGUCGAAUAUACGGCCCACCAAGAUCUAGUCAUGUGCACAGCGCUCAGGCUAGAGGUGCUCAAGCUCGAUGGCCGCAACAAAAACUGGCAUCGCAUGCUGGAGGCACUGGCGCCGCCUGCCCUCCAGUUACUCGCCAUCUACAACAACUGCACCUUCCGGGGAAACCUACAAGUUGUUGGCCACCACCUUGCACAGCACUAUGUAAGCGUAACAACGCUUGCGCUGCACUACAUCGCUGAUGUAUCAUCAACGAGCCUCGCGUGUCUGCUCGGCAACCUCCCCGCCCUCGCCGUGCUGGACCUCAAAGAGCGAUCCCACCCGGUGUACCCUCUGCAUGGCCACCAUCUGCUUGCCCAACUGAUGAACCUAGUUCCGCGCCUAAAGCGCAACACAGCGCCCAGCGAGUUGGCUUUUGCACGUCUGAAGGAGAUCACAUACGAGCUUGACGAUCUGCCGCUGUCGUUGGCUCAAGAUGGCGGAGGCCCGACAUCCAUGCAGCGCCAACUGCUAUUGGACACUAUCACUUCCUUCGUCGAGUACUGGGGCAACGUGCCCACUAUCGAAUCCGUCACGGUUGCCCAGAGGACAUUUACCGUCCAUGGGCUCGAACUGCGCAACCAGCUCGCGAAUCAUUCUGUGUUCCUGCAACAGCGCCGCAAGUGGGUGGAGGAGGGUCGGCUGGUGGUGGAAGUUGGGCUUACUUGA